UUGAUGUGGAGACGCAGCUGAAGCGGGAAGCCGCUUUAAACCGGGGUUAUGUUUUGUUUUGUUGCUUUGCAGUGUGCAGACCGCCAGUGAGCCGCGGUUCGAGCCCGGCAGACUAGCAGAGCGGCCCCCGGCCCGGACCGUCACCAUGCGCGCUGCGUCGCUCCUCCUCGCCGCUUUGGUUUGUCAAGCUGCGGCUCGGUACACCCCGGACUGGACCAGCCUGGACUCCAGGCCGCUGCCCGCAUGGUACGACGAGGCGAAGGUGGGCAUCUUCAUCCACUGGGGCGUAUUUUCCGUCCCCGGGUUCGGGAGCGAGUGGUUCUGGUGGCACUGGAAGGGCCAGGAACCCCCCGACCCGAGCUGCGUGAAGUUCAUGUCUGAGAACUACCCGCCCGGGUUCAGCUACCCGGAGUUUGCCCCGCAGUUUCACGCGGAGUUCUUCGAUCCAGAAGAGUGGGCAGAUCUCUUCAAGGCAUCUGGGGCGAAAUAUGUUGUCCUGACCGCUAAACACCACGAGGGAUUCACCAACUGGGGAUCUCCAAACUCCUGGAACUGGAACUCGGUUGACACUGGUCCUCACAGGGACUUGGUGGGAGACCUGGGAGACGCCGUGCGCAACAGGUCAUUGCACUACGGGCUGUACAACUCUUUAUUUGAGUGGUUCAACCCACUGUACUUGACUGACAAGAAGAACGGAUUCAAAACCCAGGAGUUCGUCAUGCAGAAACUCCUCCCAGAGCUGUACAACAUGGUUGUUAGGUAUCGACCUGAGCUUAUUUGGUCUGAUGGGGACUGGGAAGCACCCGACACCUAUUGGCACUCCCCUGAGUUCCUGGCCUGGCUCUACAACGACAGCCCAAUCAAAGAUGUCAUCGUGACGAAUGACCGGUGGGGGUCUGGCUGUUCAUGUAAGCAUGGGGGAUACUACAACUGCGAAGACAAGUACACACCGGGACAGCUGCCAGACCACAAGUGGGAGAAAUGCACAUCCGUGGACACUCGGUCCUGGGGUUACCGCCGCAACAUGAAGCUCUCGGAACUCAUGGACUUGCCCACCAUUGUCAAGGAUCUGGUCGCCACUGUGGCUCUCGGAGGGAACUACCUGCUGAAUGUGGGGCCCACGCCGGAUGGGAUGAUUCCUGCUUUGUUUGAGGAGAGGCUCCGAGGUCUGGGGGCCUGGCUGCAGGUCAACGGAGAGGCCAUCUAUGCCUCCAAACCCUGGAGGAUCCAGCUGGAAAACAGUACAAUACCAGUCUGGUAUACGUCUAAAGGGAGCAGUGUGUAUGCAACCUUGACCGCCAAUCCCCCAAAACCCUCUCUGCAGCUGUUGGAGCCUAAAACAUCAGCAAGCACCAAGGUGACGUUGUUGGGGUUUCCUGUGCCCCUGCCCUGGACUCCACUCCAACCCGGUGUCGGUCUCACUAUCCUCCUGCCCAAUCUGCCUUUCACUGCAGCUCAGGCCUGGACACUCAGACUGGACGGUGUCCAGUGAGCCUUGAACCUCCACAUGGGUUAUCAAUGAGUCUGAAAGAAUGAAAAGGGAACGUUUGCACUAUGGACAGAAGAGACACAGCAUUGUUGUAUGAGUUCAAACUUUUGCCAAACGAAAAGGAAAAAACUCCUCUAUGCUCAGAUAGAAGUGUGUUACAAUGUUGUUGGGUAGUAUAUCCAGGAGAGGGUGGCACGAUUCAGGGCAGGUUAUCCAGAAGGUUAUACAGCUGUUUCUUUUUAAAUAGCUGCCUUGUCUCAUUGUCCAUCUGAGAUAAUGUUAUAGACAUGCUUAUAUCCAUACACACGGUCUUUUCUCGAUGAAAUCUACCAGUUUUAUCAGAUUUUUUGUGACUUUUUUAUUGGUUGCACAUGAGCUAUUCUGCAUAACACUGCCCCCACAGGCCAUCAGUGGUAUUACGCUGCAGGCUUUUGGGUCAAGCUGGGUGUAGGAUUACGUGCAUGUCACAAAUGGCCAUCUCAGUGAAAAGCAUUAUGGGAAUGAUGGACUUGCUGAACAGGAUUAUGUUCUUGGUGCAAUUAAACUUUCACAGCAAUCAUUUUGUUCAGUGGUUCCAUGUAGAUGAGACGACCUGAUGUCUUUACUUGAUGAAUUUCAGCAAAUGUUUAUUUUUAAUGCUUAUUCCUUGUUUAUACCUUGUUAUGAAUGAAAAGUGGAAUCUGCCCCUCCGCUAGGGAACGCAGCUUUUAUUCACUGUCACAGAAAUCAUUUCUAAUUCAAAGGAUUGUAUUUUUCUACUGAGACUUUUUGAAGUGGUUGAAUAAAAUCUUAAUAAAUCA